AUGCAGGAAGUAACACCACGUUCAUCUACGACAUCGGUAGAUAUAUCUGCAAGAGGAAUAACUGGUCAAGAAGACAAUGAAGACAGUGCAGUUAAUUUGAAUUUUACAAAUAACGAUUCAUACUUGCAUGGCCAGAAUGAACACACGCAGAUUGUUCGAGGAAAUAAUAGAACUAUGAAAAUGAUAUUAUUGACUCAAUGUUUAGCUGGGCUUAUCAAAGUCAUUAAUGUCUUUAGUCUUAUAAUGCAACCUAUAGUUGGAUCGCUUUCAGAUAAUUCAAAGUCUAGAUUUGGCCGAAGAAGGCCUUUUUUAUUAGUCGGUAGUUUGCUAGUUAUAUGUGCUUUAAUAUGUAUGGGUUGGACUAAAGAAAUCGUUGGUUUAUUAUUUGGAAAAGAGUCUUCGACGACAAUUUUAUUAUCAAUGUGGUUGGCCGUUUUUUCGAUGUAUCUACUUGAUUUUGCAAUAAAUUGUGUUCAAGCAAGUUGUCGAGCUAUCAUUGUUGACAGUUUACCACCAUCUCAGCAAGAAGAAGGCACAGCCUGGGCUGGUAGAAUGGUUGGAAUUGGGAGUGUCGUAGGUUAUUUUAUGGGGUUCGUUAAUCUAGUCGAUAUAUUCCCUUUCUUUGGUAAAACUCAAUUACAAAUCCUAUGCGUUCUUGCAUCUAUAAUUUUAUUGGCUUCUGAUGCAUUAACAUGUUGGGCUGUUAAUGAAAGGAUUAACACUGAAAGUACGAGAAAAUCUACAAAUGCUUUAAAUACAGCUUAUGAGACAUUAUAUUCCAUUAUGAAAUCUGUUCGUAAUCUUCCAAAACCCGUUCAGCUAGUAUGUAACGUUCAAUUCUUUGCUUGGAUUGGUUGGUUCCCGUUUUUAUUUUAUGCAACCACCUGGGUAUCAGAAGUUCAUUCUCGUUCCACCAGUGAUUCACCCGAGAAAUCUUCUGAUGAUUCGGUUGGAGACUCCACGCGUGUUGGUUCUUUUUCCUUAUUAUUAUAUUCGCUUGUGAGUUUAUUAGCAUCUUUCAUCUUGCCAUUUUUGGUCAGUCCCGCCGGAGCAAAUGCUACUACUGCUAGGACAAAAUUGUCAUGGAAACAAUUAUUCCAACUUCCUUUUGCAUUUCUGACAGUACCAAAAUUAUGGACAAUUUCCCAUUUCAUUUUUGCAUUUUCGAUGUUAAUAACCUGGUUUGUAACUAGUGAUUUUCAAGCAAGUAUCGUAAUCAGUUUAUGUGGAAUUUCUUGGGCUAUAAUUAUGUGGGCACCAUUUUCAAUUUUGGGAGAAUAUAUUUCAAAAGAAUCUGGAACUGCUGGUCGAUGUAAUUAUGAAAUUGAGGAGGAAAACAAUCAAUUAAUAAGAACCUCAAAUGAAGAAACGAGAUCAGAACUACCAUUUAUAGAUUCACAUGGUGGUAUUUCAACUAAUGAUUCAUCAGAAGCGGGUGUAUUAUUAGGAAUUCAUAAUAUGUAUAUAGUAUUACCUCAAUUUUUAGUGACAUUUUUUAGUAGUAUAAUAUUUGCGAUAUUAGAACCCGGUGAUGAGGGUGGGAAUGAUACAAACAUCACAAGACAGCAUCCACCACAUCCACAUCCACAUCCACAUGACAAGAAAUUAAGUGCCGAUUCUAUUGGCUUUGUGUUAAGAUUUGGGGGUUUUAUGGCUAUUUUCGCGGGUAUCUUAUCCAUCAAAUUAUGGAAAAACAAAUAA